ACCAGCUCUUCCAGAUACUGAUAACGAAGUUUCUUUCUGGCUCUGCACUCCCUGGCGCUCUGACGGCUUCUUUCUGUUUUAUUUUGCAUGUUAAAAUUUUAAUUUUUUUAUUCACUGUCUUUUCCGUUUUUUUCUUUUAAUUCUGUUCUGAAAAACCGUUACAUUCAUGCACCUCUUGUGGCAUCGGGAUGUCUUUUUCCGCGGGAAAUUAAAAAAUUUUCGCAGGAAAAAGGGCAAAAAGGCCAAAGUGGACGUCGGAGAACUCCCUUUUUGGUGCGUCUGGAAGGAUUCAGCGAAGAAUAGGACCUUUCUUGUGGGAAAAACACAAAAUGGGUCGAAGGUUCACUUCCGAAUCAUCGACCUGACCACGCUGAACUUCCAUGUAACUCGCGUCCCGAUCGAUAGGAAAUUGCUGAAUGCUAAUGGGCGUUACCUGGAAGUUUAUCAUCUCUAUCGUGAUUCCAUCAUCAAUCUGGCUACCCUAGAUGCUGGAGAUUCCCUUGUGUUUCUCCAGUAUGACCUGAAUAGCUGCCAAACUGAUUUCCACCCACCCAUUCCGAUGAUCUGGAAGGAGAUGAUUAAUGAGAUGUUUGCACGGAAUACCGUAAUCUGGGGAGAUUAUUUCUUCUUUGUGAGGAAUGUCGCGCUGGACAGCGACAGCCGGCAAAUCUAUGCGGAAGUUUAUCGGUACAACCUGGCCAAGAGGGGAAAAUUCCGUUGUGUUAGCCGUUUACCGGAAGCACGGAACUUUCCUGGCUUCCUGACACCUCUUGCCUUUGAUGCUAUUGCGAGUGACCGCAUGGGGAUUGUGCUGUUUGGCGUGAGAGCAGCUAAGACUUACUCGAAUUCCGAGAGAGUUGCCCUCCUGGAUGUUCGACGGAUGCGUUGGACACUAUUUCCGCAACCCCGUUCCGGAAAAUUCUUCCCACCGUGCUCAAUGCUGGAGAGGAUCUUUCUAGCUGAAAGUGGUGGGGAUAUGAUCUACGUGAAGCGUACGCCGGAAUUGGAGAUGUGGCGGCAUAACAUCUAUUCCCGCAGGAGUGCUCUCAUUGGCAAAAUCAAAGCUUGUUACGUUGAUCUCGUGCACUGCAUUGCCCCAAACAACAUCCUCAUUGUCACGCGUGAGAGUGACUCCUUCCACCUCCUUCAGAAGUCACCGGAGGGGCCCCUCUCGCUGCAGAAACUCUGUGCAAACAUCCUCAUACGUCACGACCUCCACAAACCCUCCAAUGCAAAGCUCAAGGAAUUGGGCAUCAACCGUAGAUUCUUCAAUAUGCUCUUGAAUGCAGAAAUGUAAGCUCACGCUCGGAGAUUCCACAGAGGACAAACAAACAAACAAACAAAGAUGCCAAAUUCACUUUUUUCGAGUAUUAAAGGAUUUUUUUCUUUGCCUCGAAAUAAAUUAUACAUACAAAAAAAA